UCCUCGAGGACCGUCCGGCGCAUCACGUGACGGGUCCGGCGCUGGCGGUUGCUGUCAGCUGAUUCCCCGGCUUGGUGGCAGUGGCAGCGGCAGCCGUGGCGAUGGACUUUCUCCUGGGGAACCCGUUCAGCUCUCCAGUGGGACAGCGCAUCGAGAAAGCUACAGAUGGCUCCCUGCAGAGCGAGAACUGGGCACUCAACAUGGAGAUCUGCGACAUCAUCAAUGAGACCGAGGAAGGUCCCAAAGAUGCCUUCCGAGCAGUGAAGAAGAGAAUCGUGGGGAAUAAGAACUUCCACGAGGUGAUGUUGGCUCUCACGGUCUUGGAAACCUGCGUCAAGAACUGCGGGCACCGCUUCCACGUGCUGGUGGCCAGCCAGGACUUCGUGGAGGGCGUGCUGGUGAGGACCAUCCUGCCCAAGAACAACCCGCCCACCAUCGUGCACGACAAGGUGCUCACCCUCAUCCAGUCCUGGGCUGACGCGUUCCGCAGCUCGCCCGACUUGACAGGUGUGGUCGCUGUCUACGAGGACCUGCGGAGGAAGGGCCUGGAGUUCCCCAUGACCGACCUGGACAUGCUGUCCCCCAUCCACACGCCCCAGAGGACCGUGUUCAACUCAGAGACACCGUCAGGACAGAAUUCUUCUGUGGGCACUGACGCCAGUCAUCAAGGGGACUCCGGCCAGCACACCACCCCGCUGCCCACCUUGGCCCUACUCCCCAGCGACACACCCAUAAUGCCAACCGCUGAGCAGAUCGGGAAGCUGCGCAGUGAGCUGGAGAUGGUGAGUGGGAACGUGAGGGUGAUGUCGGAGAUGCUGACGGAGCUCGUGCCCACCCAGGCGGAGCCGGCAGACCUGGAGCUGUUACAGGAGCUCAACCGGACGUGCCGGGCCAUGCAGCAGCGGGUCCUGGAGCUCAUCCCCCGCGUCGCCAGUGAGCAGCUGACCGAGGAGCUGCUCACCAUCAACGACGACCUCAACAACGUCUUCCUGCGCCACGAACGGUUUGAACGCUUCCGAACAGGCCAGAACGCCAAGGCCCCAAGCGAGGCCGAGGCAGCCGCUGACCUGAUCGACAUGGGCCCUGACCCUGCAGCCACCAGCAGCCUCUCGUCCCAGCUGGCGGGAAUGAGCCUGGGCUCCAGCAGCGUGAGGGCUGGCCUGCAGUCUCUGGAGGCCUCUGGCCGCCUGGAAGAUGAGUUUGACAUGUUUGCGCUGACGCGGGGCAGCUCCCUGGCUGACCGACGCAAAGAGGUAAAAUACGAAGCCCCUCAAGCAACAGAUGGCCUGGCUGGAGCCCUGGAUGCCCGGCAGCAGAGCACCGGAGCGAUCCCCGUCACCCAGGCCUGCCUCAUGGAGGACAUCGAGCAGUGGCUGUCCACGGACGUGGGGAACCAUGCGGAGGAGCCCAAGGGCGUCACCAGUGAAGAAUUUGACAAGUUCCUGGAAGAACGAGCCAAAGUGGCCGACCGUUUGCCCAGCCUCUCCAGCCCCUCAGCCGAGGGGCCCCCGGGUCCCCCGCCUGGCAGUGCCCCUCGAAAGAAGACCCAGGAGAAAGAUGACGACGUGCUGUUUGCCUUAUGAGUGUGGGGUCUGGCACCCUGCAGCCCGAGCCCCCGCUGCUCCCACACCCUGCGGCGGGGACCUGUCUCUCCUUCAGUGUUAAGGCUGCUUUGGGGGUGGCUUGUUACGUAUGCCCUUCUCUCCCCCUUGAGGUUGGGGCCGUGCUGCCUGGGGGUGUGGGGGGCAGCCGGAUGAAUUGGGGGAACAGGUCAGUUGCACUUCGGGACCCUGGACACCCCUGCCUCCCCUCCCGCCCCAACUGACCACUACGACUUUGCUGAGAACCCGGAGGCCCCGGAACAGACAAGGCCGGCUGCUUGGUUGCCCCAGCGUGAGUCCCCUUGCCCCUCCCUGGACCCAUGCCCAGAGGAGCCCUCUUCCAAGCCCACACUGACAGUCGAGGCCUGGCCGUGGGCUGGAGACAACAGAAGUUUCUGUCGCAGCCUCAGGUCCAUUCCCCAGGCCCUGCCUUGGAGCCCUAAGGCUUUGGCCAGCUGUUGAGGGCAGGGCGUGUGGCCCUCUGCUGAGCGCACACUGUCCAGAUAUGAAGCUGCACAUGGUUGGGGGAGACCUCACCAGGCCCAGGCCGCCAGGGGAGGCUUCCAGGGAUGCCUGGGGCACCUGUGGCCCCCACGACCUCCACUUCCUUGCCCUCCAUCCUUCCUCUGUUCCUCCCAAGCAGGGCUCCACCAGGCACUGGGCCCCCGCACCUGUUGGUUGAUCCUCUUGUACCGGGAGAGGUGCCUUUUGUACCCCCAAUUAAAGGUAGAAAAGCAUCCU